UUAUUGGCGAAUUUUUUAAAUAGAUAAAUAAUUUCUUAUUAAUUAUAAAAAUAUUAUAACUCUAUUAUUUGUACAUGGAGGGUUUGAAAUGUCCCAACACGGUGCUGCUUUACAAGCAUAUAAUCAAGAACUUGUAAAGUGUUUAGAAGAAAUGAAAUUGAGACGUACAGAAUUACAAGCAGAAAUUGAAUCUCAAGAAGAAGAAAAAAAUUAUUUGCAAAGAGAAAUAGAAAAAUUAUCUUAUAAAUUAACACGUCUAAAUGACAGUUUAACCAAAAGAAUAGCUGUCAGAAAUGAAUAUGAUAGAACUAUUGCAGAUACAGAAACAGCAUAUAUAAAGAUUUUGGAAAGUUCACAACUUCUAUUAAAUAUGAUCAAGAGAGAAGCUACAAAUUUAGAUCAAACAUUACUUAAAACUAAUAUGGAUAAACAACAAAGUCAGUAAUAAAUACAAAAUAAAAAUUAAAAUGGGAAAUAUUGAAUUUAUAAAUUAAAAAAAAAUUUUUAAUCAUAUGUUUAAGGUCACAUAUAUCUUAUUAAGUUUGUAGCUGUAAACAGAAGAAGUUAUUAUAACAAUUUUAUAAUAAUAAAUAUAAAAUUGUAAAUAUUUUAAACAUUUGCAAUAUAGUUUCUAAAAUUUUAAAAUUUUUUAUUUAUAUAAUACUAUGUUUUAUUUCUUUAUAAUCUGUAAUUUUAUAAUUAUAUUUUCAUUUUUCACAUAAGGAUGGUCUUAUCAAAUAAUUUUUUCUUGUUAAUGAAAUAUAUGAGAUAAUAAUUUUUAUAUAUUAUUACAUAUUUGUUUAUAUAUUAUAUAUUACAUAAAUAAUUAUUGCAAUAUUAUUGAAUUAUUCAAAUAGUAGUGAUAAAUUUUAUGGUGUUUAUAUAAAAACAUAAAUAAUUGAUUAUGUUACAUUAUUUGUCACAUAAUAACUUAUUGUGUACAUAAAGAUUGAUCUAUGUAUAUCUAUUUUUGAAACUAUUUCUAAAUAUAUUUUAUAAUAAAUUAAUUUUAUUAUAAAAGAA